UUGAAGGGGCGUGACGACGUCCGCCGUGACGCAACCGGCAGGACCCCUCUUCAUUGGUGGGCAGUGAAAGGUAUAGCCGCAGGACGGCUCGCGGUUGGCUGCCGCCCUGGGCGUUGGCGGCGCGCCGGACGCUGGCCGAACGAGGGAACUGUGCCUAGCGGCUGUGCUGGGGCUGCCCGGAGCACUCUGAGGCUUUACCAUGCUGCGAGCCUUUAGUCACACAAAUGGUAGGUGUGCGUUCCAUAAUGCUAAGUGUUGGCAUCGUCAUAAGUCUGUGCUGGCAAUCAGGAGGGAAGAUGUUAAUGCCUGGGAAAGAAGAGCACCUCUAGCACCAAAGCAUGUUAAGGAAUUGACACAGAUGGGUUACAAGGUCUUAGUGCAGCCAUCAAACCGGAGAGCCAUCCAUGAAAAGGAUUACAUCAAAGCAGGUGGCAUUAUUCAAGAAGAUAUUUCCGAGGCUUCUCUGAUAGUAGGUGUGAAAAGACCUCCAGAGGACAAAUUAAUCCCUAAAAAGAACUAUGCCUUCUUCUCUCACACUAUUAAAGCCCAAGAGGCAAACAUGCCCCUUUUGGAUGAGAUUCUAAGACAGGAAAUUCGACUGUUUGACUAUGAAAAAAUGGUUGAUCGUAAAGGAAUGCGAAUAGUGGCCUUUGGAAAGUGGGCUGGUGUAGCAGGAAUGAUCAACAUUCUACAUGGAUUGGGAUUACGAUUUUUAGCCUUGGGGCAUCACACUCCCUUCAUGCACAUUGGGAUGGCACAUAACUACAGGAAUAGCAGUCAGGCUGUACAGGCAGUACGGGAUGCCGGGUAUGAAAUUUCACUUGGGUUGAUGCCAAAGUCAGUUGGACCCUUAACAUUUGUCUUUACAGGCACUGGUAAUGUUUCUAAGGGUGCUCAGGAAAUGUUCAGUGCCCUCCCAUGUGAGUUUGUGGAACCGCAUGAGUUAAAGGAAGUUUCCAGAUCUGGAGACCUCAGAAAAGUCUAUGGGACAGUGUUAAGUCGUCACCAUCAUCUUGUGAGGAAACAGGAUGGACGAUAUGAUCCUGUAGACUAUGAAAAACAUCCUGAACUUUACACUUCUCGCUUUAACAGUGAUAUUGCACCCUACACAACUUGUUUAAUUAAUGGCAUAUACUGGGAGCAACAUACUCCUCGCUUGUUAAGUCGACAGGAUGCUCAGAAGCUGCUGGUGCCAGUUAAAUCUACUUCUGCUGCCAUAGAGGGCUGUCCUGAGUUACCACACAAGCUUCUGGCAAUAUGUGACAUUUCAGCAGACACUGGAGGAUCUAUAGAAUUUAUGACUGAAUGUACAACAAUUGACAGUCCAUUUUGUAUGUAUGAUGCUGACCAGCAUAUUAUUCAUGACAGUGUGGAAGGCUCUGGGAUUCUGAUGUGUUCCAUUGACAAUCUGCCAGCUCAGCUUCCUGUAGAAGCAACAGAGUACUUUGGCGAUAUGCUUUUCCCAUAUAUUGAAGAGAUGGUAAGGUCUAAUGUAUCCAUUAAGAAGCUGUUAUCGGAAGGCUCAGAACCUCUUGAGAGACAGAAUUACUCAACUGUUGUUCGAGAUGCAGUGAUUGCUUCCAAUGGUUCACUGACAGCUAAAUAUGAAUAUAUCCAGAAACUGAGGGAGAGCAGAGAAUACACUCAGAUGCUGAAGAUGGAUAAUAAGAAGAGGGUUUUAUUGCUUGGAUCUGGCUAUGUUUCUGGGCCUGUAAUUGAAUAUCUUAGUCGAGAUUCCAAUGUUGACAUCACAGUUGCAUCUGUCAUGAAGGAACAACUUGAACAACUGACAGAAAAAUAUGACAGUAUUACUUCAGUUCAUAUGGAUAUCAUUAAGCAUGAGGAAAAGCUGACCUCUUUGGUGAAGAAACACAACCUUGUGAUCAGUUUGCUGCCUUAUUCAGCACAUCCUUUGGUUGCUAAGAAGUGUAUUGAGAGCAAAGUGAACUUGGUAACAGCCAGCUACUUAACACCAGCUAUGAAAGAGCUCAGGGAGAGUGUAGAAGCUGCUGGUAUUACAGUUAUCAGUGAAAUGGGUUUGGAUCCUGGUCUUGACCAUAUGUUGGCAAUGGAAUGUAUCGACAAGGCAAAAGAAGUUGGUGCCACGGUUGUGUCCUACACUUCUUUCUGCGGCGGCCUACCAGCUCCAGAGUACUCUGACAAUCCUCUGAGAUACAAGUUCAGCUGGAGCCCACAAGGAGUUUUGCUGAAUACAGUUCAGUCUGCUACAUAUUUAAAAAAUGGAGAGAUUGUAAAUAUUCCGGCUGGAGGAGCAGUACUUGAUUCUGUUACUCCGAUGGAUUUCUUCCCAGGAUUAAAUCUGGAAGGUUUUCCAAACAGAGACAGCACAAAAUAUGCUGAGCCGUAUGGUAUUCAGACAGCUCACACUUUGUUGAGAGGCACCUUAAGAUACAAAGGAUACUCCAAAACUAUGGGAGGCUUUGUAAAACUAGGAUUAAUUAGCCCAGAUCCGUAUCCAACCACUCCACCUCUAACCUGGAAAGAGCUCAUGUGCAAACUGGUUGGAAUUAAGCAGCCUGUUGAUUAUGAUGUUCUUAAGGAAGCUGUAUUUAGCAAACUGGAAAAGGAUCAAAGUCAGCUGGAGGCAGUGGAAUGGCUAGGUUUACUGGGAGAUGAACCGGUUCCGGCAGCAGAUUCCAUUGUGGGGGCUCUUGCAAAGCACAUGGAGAUAAAGCUGCCCUUUGGCACUGGAGAGAGAGAUAUGAUUGUUAUGAGAAAUGAAAUAGGUCUCAAGCAUCCUUCUGGUCAUUUGGAGAAAAAGUUUAUUGAUCUGGUUGUCUAUGGUGACAGCAAGGGGUAUUCUGCGAUGGCUAAAUCAGUAGGAUACCCCACGGCUAUUGCUGCUAAGAUGGUUCUAGAUGGUGAAAUAGAUGCCAAAGGCAUGGUUAUACCAUUGACGAAGAAUGUCUAUGGACCGAUACUUGAACGUGUUCAGGCAGAAGGCAUUGUGUACAGUACUCACAGCAUUGUCAAACAUUAACAAGGGAAGCAGUGGAUUGGAUCGGGUUUUGGCUUUGUUUGGUUUCCCUCCCACCUUUUAACAAUCUCGAUUUGAACCAGCUAAAGGCAGCCCCUGCCAUUGCACACAGAUGACGCCUUCCAUAAAUCCAGCUGCCUGACUCUGACUGCAGAUAACCAGAUGCAUGAAUUGUGGCAUUUUCCUCUUAAAACUGCUGUGUUUUCAUGUACAUGUUUUAACAUCAAUCAGAUCUUUCCUUAUAUCUUUCCUGAAAUAUCUCAGGAGAAAGAGAUGAAAGCCAUACUUAAAUUCUAAGUCUCGUCCCUUUCUCUUUAACAGUAUUUGUGAAUAUUUUCAUGAUAACAAUAUGCAAAAAAUAGUUUAGGAAUUCUGCAGUAGUAGCAAACAGGAUCCUGUUAAAUCUGGAAAAUAUUCAGUCAUUAAAUAUUUGAAAUCUAGGUCAUAAUAUUCUUUAAAUCCUGCUCUUAUGAAUGUAAACUUAAAUUACAUGGAGGAGGAAGUUUAA